AUGAAGGACGAAUACGACGCGCCCUUGCUUUCACGUGGGGAGUUUGAGGCCAUCAAGCAUGACCCACUGCUCAUACUUGAGCGGGGCACAAAGGCUAUCAUGUCUCUUCGACAGGACGAGGCCGCAUUGAGGGCAGAACGUGAAACUAUCCAGUUGCACCUGCAGGAUGCCGACAAGGAUGGGGGUUUCGACAGCCAACGGUACAGGGAGAUCAUGAAUGCGACGGCUGAACUGGAACGGGAUCACCGCAUGUUGUCAGUACGGUGCACCGACACAGAGUUGAGCAACAAACGGUUGGCGAAGGUUGUCGACGAGCUGCGGCAGGAAAAGGAGGCGUUACGAGAGGAAUUGCAGACGCUGAAGCUUACCCAAGACUCUCUUGCGAAGCAACAUGCCGACACUGUUAACCAAAUGGCAGUUUUUGAGAAGGCUGCCCCAGAUGAUGCGGCAAAGAUGAAGGGGCUGCAGGAUGCCAUUACGAAAAAAAUUGAAUCUCUAGACCUCCUCACGAAAGAAAUUGUGAGCGUUACCAACAAAUCGGCG